GUAGUUUACGUUUACGUUAAAAUUAACGUUAACGUAGUUUACGUUUACGUUAAAAUUAACGUUAACGUAUUUUACGUUAACGUUAAACGAAAAUUAACGUUAAUUAACGUUAAAUCUGACAGCCCUAUUCAAAACUGCGUAUUCUACUUAAUGAUUUGGACAUGGUAAAAGUAUUUCGAAGCCGAACGGUCGGUUUUCUGAGGAUUUUCGGCUUAAAGCCGGCUUUUCCAGAUGAAUAUUCUUAUUUGAAGCAUUUUUAAUAUAAUAUUUUGAAAGCUUAUGCUUUCCUGAGUAGAUCUAGCCUGUUUUGAAGGUUUCGAAUUAGUAUAGGUGGGUGCUAGAACGACGUCAAUUCAGGAACAACUAACGACGGAAAAACUAAAUGCUAUAUUUUGUGUAUACUGACGCAUGGCAGUAAGACUGAUCCAUAGAAUGAUAAGGUAAGAACUCAAUUUCAGAUUGUCACUUAACAAAGCCAAGUUUAAGAAAGAAGCUAAUCUUCAAAAGAAAACUUUAAAGAGUAUAGUACGCUCAGUACUCUAAACAUGUACUUUUAUCAAAGCCAUUGCAAGGUCAUUGUAUGGAAGUCUCGGAGUUAUGAAUCUAACAGGUUUUUUAGUUUAGUGCAGAAACGACUGAUUUACAAGUUAAAGAUUGAACGACGGUGCUCCAUAUAGAUGUUACUUUGUCUUGUUCUGUUUCGUUUUUGACUUCUCGUUCGAAGCAAGCACGUAUUUUACACUUACUUACAAUCCGAAAUUGAGUUCUUACCUUAUCAUUCUAUGAAUCAGUCAUACUGUAAUGCGUGAAUAUUACGCAAAAUAUCUCUUCCAUUCGUGCUCUUCUUUGCCUGCUGAUAAGAGAGCAACUGUAUAAUUUUUCUUUCCGCACAACUCUGUCAGUAUCUAUGUAAGCUUAACAAAUUUGCGAUUGUAAUUUGAAAUUUUUUCUACAAGUAGAAACGUAGCCCGUAAUGAGCUCGAAUAUAUUAAAAAAGGAAUUGCAGUUGCUGAUAUUGCUACAAAAGGAGAUGAACAAAAGAAUUAUCGAAAAGCAUCUGACAAUUAUUUGACAGUCGCAGAAUGGCUGCUACUGGCAAACGAUUAUUUAAAAUGUACAUCGUUAGCUGACUUUGAACUAUUAGCUAAACAGCUGAUGAUGGCACAUCGUUAUUAUUAUUAUGAUUAUAAAGCGGGCGAAGGUCAGACGUAUCAAGCCUGUCGAGAUUAUUUUACUAAACAAUUGAGAAUUAUACCACGAGUAUUGACAAAUGUUAGCGAAAUAUCGUUGAAGACAACAAUAUUCGGUUUUCGUUUUCCAUCCGGAAACCUGCGGCCCCUUUUAAUUGUUUCGUCCGGUCGGAUUGAACCAUUUUUACCAAAGAUACCCAAGGCCUUGUACACAUACGAAUCACCAAUUAUGAUUGCUCCAACUGCCUUUCAUUGUCUUGCCCACGUUGACGGUGAAGUUGCAACAGCUUGCGGUGCAACUGAAGCCCAGUGUUGUUAUACUUAUAAUUGGAUGUAUUCAAAUAUGCCAGAAGAAAAGGUUUUACAAACAACCGGUCCGAAGUUUUUACACAUUUAUUUGACUGCACCCAAUGAGUUACUUGAAAAUCUUGUUCAAAAAGCCGACCGUAACGGCUAUCGAGCACUUGUUGUUACAUGUGAUCAUUCAACUGAUUGUGUUCGAGAUCAUACGUUACCAUUGUUUGUCGAAGCAUCAAAACACCUUGAUCCGCAACUGAUGAAUCGUAUAACAAUCCCAAAUAUGAAUGUACCUGAUAUGAUCGAAAAACAGAAACACGCUAACGAUUCGAUAACAUGGACAAACAUUGAAUGGUUAAGGAAACUGACAAAACUGCCAAUUAUUUGCAAAGGUAUACUAUCACCGGCUGAUGCGGAGUUAGCGGUGAAAUAUGGAGCAAAUGGAAUUAUUGUCAGUAAUCAUGGUGGUCGACAGAUUGACACAGCACCGCCAGCUAUUGAAUGUCUAGAGGAUAUUGUCAGCGUUGUUGAUGGCAGUAUAGAAGGUAGGUUUCGCUUUAGCUUCUAUACUCUUGUAAUAGUUGCUGCUGUUUCAGUAUUCGUUGACACUGGUAUUCGAACGGGCGCUGAUGUGUUGAAAGCUUUGGCAUUGGGUGCACGAGCUGUUUUCAUUGGCCGACCGAUUUUGUAUGGGCUGGCUUGUGGUGGACAAAAUGGUGUUCAGAGAGUCUUAGAUAUAUUAAAACGUGAAUUAAUUAAUGAUAUGUCAUGUUGUGGAUUGACAACGAUUAAACAAAUUAAUAAAGAUAUUCUUUAUAAACACACAUAG